AUGACAAUCGCGGCACCCUCACCCCAUCCUUUGUUUGACCCCGAGCUUCACUACGGCGAUGGCGACGACAACGCCCUAUACAACUUAUUUGCGACAUGGCCGGAGAGCUAUUUCAGCAGCCUUCCUAAACCGCAUGGUAAUCGCGGAGUCGAUGAGCCCUAUUGGGAAUUUCGGCAGUCGCGAAUCUUUCUGGACGACUGCUUCCGCGGCGGUGGCAUGCAGCGGUUAUUCACCCCUGUGGUUCCGGGCCCCGACAGGCUUGAGAGAGAGCGCCUUCGGGAGCAAGCAACUUCAGGGGAUGCCGAGCAACGUACGAGAAGCACGGUCCGUUUUCGGUCUGCCCUAGAUUUUGCCCAAGAGCAAGCCCAGUUCGACAAUUUACUAGCUCGCGAAUUGGCUCAACAUUGCCCGGCACCUGCUGCGCUCCGAGUUGCUCCAGGAGCCCUAGACCCAUCAUCACCGCCGGUCUUACCAACGUCACCCUCGCCGCCGCCAAGCCGGGAACAAGAGGAUUACGAGUACGAGGACUGGGACGGCCUGUCAGAUACAGCGUCUACCAGUCAAGAUGCCUGGAUUCCUAUCCCCAACCCGUCAAUCCCUGGCCCUGCCGCGGUAUCGGUCGAUGCUUUUCAAUUCCAUGUCAACGAAUUCGCGAAGGAUAAUGGAUUUGGUGUUAUCAGACGCAAUGGCUCCGGCAACCAAGCCAGGAAGACGAGAUAUGUGUUUCAGUGCGACCGGUACGGCGAACCUCGUAUGCCAAGAGGCGCAGGUCUCCGCCAAAGACGAUCGCGCAAGUGUGGAUGUAAGUGGAAGGUCAUUGCGGAGGCCCUGGAACGAAAUGACUACAUGUGGACUCUGCAGGCGUUUGCCGACCUUCAGCACAGCUAG